UGAAGGUUGUUAUACUCAUCGUUUUUGUUGAUGCGGAAAAUUCAUCGGUGCCACACGGAGUUGUUAAAGUCUACGAUAGAAUCGGUUGAUGAAUACUUACAUUAACAACAGCAUUGUUGUUGUCGCAGGGUAAUACAAUGGAGGUUAUGGAGGGCGAGACAAUUGUAACAGAGACUGUUGAAGUAGAAGAAAAUCCAACAGUGUCCAGUGUGGAUUCUGAAAAACCAAAUGCAGAAUUUGUUUGGACUUUGCAAGCUACAUGGCAACUUGCCCACACCCGACUGGAAAUGGACCAGGCUUUCGACCAGCCAGUGUGCAAGAAAAAGAAACUAUGGGAGACUGUAGCAGAGAGGGUGACUACCAAGCUGCGGGCCGCCGGGAACCCUGACGUCACGGUCAAGGCUUACGAGUGUGACCUCAAGUGGAGGAACAUGCUAGCCACGUACAGGAAGAACGCGGAGAGGGCCAAGAGACUGGGUGUAGGCAGCGUCCACUGGGAGUUCUUUAAGGCCAUGCACGAGGUCCUCGGUAAGAGCCGUGAGGAGAUCGAAGCACAGCGCAGGGCUAAACUAUGCGGAACAAAGUUGGGCAAAGCUAUCGCCAACAAGAGGUUCACUCCCAUCCUCCCAACCCCUACUCUUACAGCUGCACCCUGCCCGGCCCGGCCUCCACAGGAUGUGCUACAGUUGUACAUGGAGCUUCAGGAGAGGAAAAUGAACAUGUGGGCCCAGCAGAAGGCUUUGGAAGAGAGGAAGAUAGAGGCGAUAAACAACUUAGCUCGUGCCAUCUCAAGUUUGUCUCAAAACAACACUACUCCACUGACAAAAGAGUAACAGCAAUAUCCAGAGCAUGGAUAACCAAUGACUUGAUUGUAAACUUGACUUGUGACCACAUGGGAAGGACUAGAAAAAGAUACUUUUGAUUUGUAACGAUUGACUGGAUCUCGUCACUCAGAUGAUGAGAAAGAACUUGAGUGAUCUUCACUUUAUUGUAAGAUCCAAGUGUGUUUUAUGUACAGAUAAAGAAAUACACAAAUAGUUCCUAACGUGGUCAAAAUAUUGUAAAUUGCUUUUAAUAAAAAGAAAACUAUAACAGAAGGGAUGGGUCAAAAAAACAUCACACAUUACUGAAAUCCAGAGCUUGAUAGAGUAAACCUGCAACGGCUUCUCUUCUCUCCACACCUUCAAUAUCGGUUUCACCCUCUCCCUCCUGCACACUUGCUUCCUCCUCGAUCUCCCCUCUGACCUCUUGACCCAUGUCAAGGAAAACAUUGUGUAGUAUGCAGGCAGUCAGGACAACUGCUUUGGCCCUCUCAAAGUUACCCAUGUCCAGAUACCGGAGCCUUUGAAACCUCGUUUUCAGGUCAGCUAUGGCCUGGUCGUAAGCACAAAAAUGAACCCCCAACGUCCUGUUAUAGAGAUUCUCUCUAGGACCAUGAGUGAUCGUGAACGGGGUGAGAAUCUGUGUACAGACAGGAUAUCCUACUCGAGCAACAAGGCAAGAUCCAGGAGGCAUCAUUUCAGGGUGCUGUUUGAGUUUGUCUUUAAGAGAGCUGCCUCUGGUGGUGUCUGAUCCCUUACUGAUCCUACAGUGUAUAAAUCUGCCUCUGAAGUCACACACCAGCUCCAGGUUGAGCCAGGAGUCAGGAUGGACCUCUUUUUUCAUCUUUUUAACCUCUGUCACCACACUGUCAAAAUCUUGUUUCCCAAUCGGUAGGCGGAUAGGUAUGCGGGUGUUGCCCAGGACCCCCAGGACCGUGGGAAUAUCCUGCUCCUCCGGUCGGACGGCUUUCCCCAGCAGGCUGGACAGGGGCUGGUGACUUCCUCUUUCAGUAGAGCCUGCUAAGAAAAUACAAAAAGAUGUGUACAUUGGUUGUAGCCUACAUUUAUGCACGUUCUACUGUCAAAACGACACGGGAUGGAUUGGCCAAUCGGACUAAAACAUUGAGAUAUUUCAACGAGUAAGAAAAACCUUGAGCAUUGUUUUAAAUGUAAAUUCAUCAGUUCACCGUCAAUAAGCCUAUACCUACCAACAGGCCAUUUGAUGAGUUGGUCUUCAAGCAUGUUGACACGCUCACAGAAAGAGAAGAAGAUCCUAUGGAUGUUUCCUUUCUCUAGACGGAAACUGCUAGAUACAGAGCGAUAGCUGAUGCGCUUAGACAGGAGAGUGAGGGACAGGACAACAGUGUGGGAUAAGGAGAGACGAGCCCGGCCUGACAAACGGCUUCUGCUGUAACUUGAAUUGGAAUUCUGCAGGAGGUCUGUAAUACACUAAAAGAUCGCACACUCAAAAACAGCACAACAUUGCAUCUUGUCAAAUUAACGCAGAUAAACUUGUGGCUAAAAAGAUUAGAUGUACAUCUUUGGGUUCAAAUAUAGUAGCUACUAUGCUUACCUUCACUGCAAUAUUGUCCACAGAGUCACUCGACUGUUGUGUCUCGGACCCCUCCUGUUGUUCAGGGUGAAAUGUACUCGAUUCUGUUGAUAGGACCGUUUCAGCAUGCACUUGAGGUUCUACCCGCUGUAGGCACACAGGGGCAGGUUGGACCCGAACCUGGGAUAAAAGUUCUGUUUCCAGGAUUUUCUCAACUGCCUGGUCCAAGCUCUGUUCAAGUUCACCUUGGGAAAGAGGUUCCCAUUCUCUCUGCAUCAUCUCCAGCACUGCUCUGCCAGCAGACUCUACGUACCCACUGUACAUUACGUGCUGCUGGUUACAAUCAAUGUAUGGAAACUAAUCGGACCUUAAAGAACUAGGUAGGUACCAGCUACCGUUAGAUUUACUUAUUUUCUCAUUCUAGCGUUUCUACGUAGCUAGCUCGGUGCUACAGUCCAAGUUGACAGGUCAGGUACCACGAAAAACUAGCCAGCUAAGCACAACGUUGAUAUUGGUACUAGCCUAGUUGGCUAUCCAUCUAGCCAAGUUGUCCAGGUAGCAGUCAGUGAUGUUCACCAAUAGUCGACAAACUCUUCAGAAAUCCACAAAAUUAGAUGAAAAGUAUGUAUAGGCUAGAAAGCUACCUAGCAAGCAAAAA